CAAAUAUAAAGUCAGGUCUUCAGUGAAUUGGUCUUUGCUCCGGUGCGGGAGUUUUCUGAUUUUGCACUUGAUCUACCUGACCCGUGGGCUGAAAAGAAAUGGCUCUUUCCAGAUUUAGGAUGACAAUGAAUGAUGGGAAUACUAUCCCAGUGCUGGGACUUGGUACUUAUGCACCCCAAAAGGUUCCCAAACAUGAAGCUGAGAUGGCUGUAAAGGUGGCUAUUGACGUGGGCUUCCGCCAUAUUGAUUCCGCUUUCCUAUAUGAAAAUGAAAAAGAAGUUGGACAGGGAAUCCGAGCAAAGAUUGCGGAUGGGACAGUGACCAGAGAAGAGAUAUUCUACACAGGGAAGCUCUGGAGUACACACCACCACCCUGAUUUGGUCAGGCCUGCCCUGGAACAGACCCUCAAGGCCCUCCAGCUUGAUUACAUCGAUCUCUAUAUUAUCCAUUGGCCUGUCUCUCUGAAACGUGGCAAAGAUAAGAUCCCAAAGGAUGAAAAUCAGAAAAUUAUAUCUGAGUUUGUGGAUUUGCGUGACACUUGGGAGGCCAUGGAGAAAUGUAAGGAUGCAGGCCUCGUGAAGUCCAUUGGAGUUUCCAACUUCAACCGCAGGCAAUUGGAAAUGAUUCUGAACAAAACUGGGCUUAAAUAUAAACCUGUCUGCAAUCAGGUGGAAUGUCAUCCUUACCUAAACCAGAGCAAAUUAUUGGAGUUCUGCAAGUCAAAGGACAUCAUAUUAGUAGCAUACAGUGCUUUGGGAUCCCACAGAGAGUCUCCAUGGGUAGAUGAAAAGACUCCUGUUCUGUUAGAUGACCCAGUCCUGGGAACCAUUGCCAAGAAACACAAUCGUUCACCAGCCCAGGUUGCUCUUCGAUACCAGAUUCAGCGAGGAGUGGUAGUCUUGGCAAAGAGCUUCACUGAAAAGCGGAUCAAAGAGAACUUUCAGGUAUUUGAUUUCCAGUUAACUUCAGAAGACAUGAAAGUCAUUGAUGGCCUUAACAGAAACAUGCGCUAUCUGACUCUUGAUAUAUUCCAGGACAAUAUCAAUUAUCCUUUUAAUGAUGAUUACUAAUGGAGUUCUGACUCAGAAGAUUUGUGGUCCCGAGGCAUUGAAGGUUUCUCAAAGAAAUAAAUGACAUUCUGGUGAUUUUCAUGGAAAUGAAAUCUAUUAUUAUGGUCAAACCACAUCUCUAUAUUAAGACUUAGCUUAAAGCUUCUAUUUCUAUUUUUAAUUCUACUCUAUUAUAAGUUCUGCUUUUUCUGCUCCAAUAAGACAGAUAUAAUGGUAUACAUUUAUGUAGCAUUUCAAAGUUUGCCAGUCACUUUUCAUGCAGUAGUGCAAAUUUUAUCUACUGUUUCCCAAGAAAAGUAACCUUUACUCUGAGAGAUUGUAUGGAGUAAGUCAAUAGAGUCUCAAUUUUCCUCUUUCUUAAGAUCUUAUCAUUAUAGUAAAUAAUUCAACAUAUAUGUCGAUAUCCUCUUUAACAUUGUAAGUAUUCAAUUCCUUAAUCUCCUUAAUUCUCAUGGAUUAUUUCUUUACUUCCAUUUAUACAAUACUACAGAUAAAUUGUCCUAGGAAUGGCAGUCCCCUUCAUUCCUCUAUAAUUUCAUUUCAGCUGCUUUCACAUUAACAUGAAUGUACUAAUUUCUAUAAUUCCUGGAAUGUGUUGUGAUUUGCCAUUAAUGGGGUACAGAAGUAAGUCAUUCAUUAGUAAAAAAAAAAAUAGUAAUAAUAAUAAUCCUUUUUUAGCUUAAAUCCUUCUUGGAGCACAAAUCAAGCAUUAGCAAUUAAGAAAGUAAUUAUAUUCUAUGAUUACACAUAAAUAAUGAACAAUACUAGUCACCAUAAGCCUUGAGACUGACAAAUAUCUAUAUCUGAGGUAAACCCAAAGGCAAAAAUAAAAUCUUUAAAUCUGGGAUCAAUUUAAUAAAGAAGAUAUAAUUUGAAUACAAUUUCAGGUACAUUUCAUAAUUUUAAUAAUUAAUGACCAAGCAAUCUAUCAAAUAAAAAUCUUAUCAAAUCUAUCAAAAAUCAUUAUUUAUUUUAUAAAUCUUUUAAGCUUUUAAGUCUAACAAUAACAUAAUCAGUAUGAUGGAUUUUUAAAUUUAUUGCCAGUAAAAUAUCAUCAAUUUGGUUAAAUCCAUAUAUAAAUCAUCUUACAUAAAAAAGGUUUCAUUUAUUAACUACAUUCAAAAAAGCAGUAUGAAGUAGUUACACUUUUAAUUCUUAUUCAUGAAGUUUCUAAAUAAAUCACCUUAAUGUCAAAUAUCAAUUUUUUUUAUUAACGCAUGAUCUACUCAUAAAGGGUAAAAUGUUAGGAUUAUUUCAUUUUAAAUGCACUACAUUAUAGUUUAGUUUGGAUUUACAAUCACAAAUAAUCUCAUUCAAAACUUCAAUUUCCCAAAGGUCUUUAAGUUGCUGGCACCUCAAUUUAUAGCACCACAUGCUUUAAAUUAGCUCUCUUCCAAAGAUUUACAAUGAUAGUUUCAUGUUCUUAUCACCUUAAGAUAUUUCAGCAUUUACAAAAACUUUUAAACUGUAAUUUGGAAAUUUGCAAUAAAGAUAUUACAUUUA